AUGCCUAACCAAAUGACCAAAGACGGUGCUUCUCGCAUCCAGGCCAGCCAGGACAAGGGCGGAAGAGACAUGUCCUCGGGCGGCUUCGCCGCCAGAGCCCAGGGCGCGGGCGACAGAAACGCCAAUGCCGGAGUCGGUGGCCAGGGACAGGGCGGUGCUGGUGCUGGUGCUGGUCAGGGAGGGCAGCAGCAGACUGGGAAGAAGUAG